AUGGCGAAUAAACUGUCUACAAGCUCGGAGCAGAAUAAAAAAAAGCUACGUAAUCGCCUUUCCCAGCGUGCAUAUCGUCGCCGUCAAGCAGAAUGCGUGAGAGAUCUAAAGCACCGUACCAGCGCCGAUGAAUCCAAUGCUGAACAGAUUGAGGCACUGCAGACAGAAAAUCGAGCACUGCGGCGCGAGCUUGUCGACGUCCAAAACAAACUGUAUAGUGUGAGCGCUACGAUACAGAUGUUGACCGAUUCUAUGUCUCAAACGCUGGAUGGUAUUCCCGUCGUGAAACACACACCAGAAGAGGACGAAAGACAAACAGGGGUUUCCGACCGUGUGGGACAGACUGCCAGGGUCCAGAUCUCGAGUUCUUCGCCCGAAGACUUGUUGACUCUUGUGCCCGAUGUCUGCGAACCUGUGCUCUUAGACGAGCUCUCUCGCCCGCUGUAUAGUACCGCCCUUGCUGAAGAAAACAACGAAUCAUUUCCGACUUUUAUGAAUCGUACAACCGCGAGCCUCCAGAAUGCCUGGGGCGGGCCUGAAGCUCUGGAAGGCACCAUGGCCCCGGAAGUGGGCCUUGCCAAUGCGCAGCCUCUCUCGUAUGUGCAGAUUCCGAAUAUAUGGUCGUUUGAUUAUCAGAUGGGUCCCCAGUCGUACGCAAAUGCCCUCGCAUCUGGGACUGGUUGGAAUGCCCUGGCAAACAGCGUUUGGAAGCAAUCAAACUCGUCCUUCUCAGAUCACGUCCAGGUCAUUCGGCUUCUGCUGAAGAAAGAGCUCGAUGCAUCGUGGUUCCAGUCAACUCGCCCUCAACAGCAGAAAAGGGCCGAGUCCAAAGAUAUGCUGAUUGCCGACGUAACCAGUCUCUACCAACCAGUCCUGAUGGCCUUGUCAAUGUUCAAUAGCGUUGCGCGACCGAGCGCUAUGACUUGGUAUGCCAAAACGCGCUUCUACCAUAUCGCCAAUCUCACCGCCUGGCAAGUCGACCCAUCGCCAGAUACGUUUCAGAAGCUGCAUGAAAAUUACCGACCAACGCAGAUCCAAUCCAGGAAUCAAUAUCCGUGUGUGGUUGACUGGAUUCCAUUUCCAUCAGUCCGGGAUCGGAUAAUCCGACUUCACGCAGCGAAUCCGCACAUUGACCAGAUCUUCUGUGAUGCAGUCAGCAGCUACGUGGUCGAAGCGCGUAUGAGUGACCUCAUUCUCGGAGCGCCCCCCGUUAAGGUCUAUAUCCGAGUAACUGACCUUAUCCCUGCCAUGUCCGGCGCCGAUGAGACAAGCGCCGAUGCAGAUCUCGAGAGUCUCCUCCCAGCGCCAGAUAUACCGUCGUUGUUCUCAUCCCCGCGUGCCGCCCGGGCAGCUUUCUGGUUUUUGCACAUGGACCGCGGCAUUUCGUUGUACAAAAUGGAUCCUACUUUCUUCGACAGGUAUCCAGAGUUGUACGACACAUCUUGCAACAUUUCGGCCACUGGAUUCGCAUUGAAACCUGAUAUACAGACUAUUCUCACGUACCCACAGCCCCUUGACGCCCCUACGAUUGCGGUGUAUCGUGGGUUCCUUAAUUUCACCAUAGGAGGUUGGUAUCCACCCACGCCUACGCGCUGGUGA